AUGGAUAUGAACCAAAUCCAGUUAGCUUUACGCUGUUGUGAACGCUUUCAAGCUAUCAAACAUGCUAAAUCACUCCAUUCUCACAUUAUAAAGCUUGGCCUUUUCAAUCACGUUUUUCUCCUAAACAAAAUUAUUUCUGUCUACGCAAAAUGCUCCCAUUUGGACGAUGCACGAACCCUUUUCGAUGAUAUGCCUCACAGGAACAUAAUUUCUUACACAACAAUGGUCUCUGCUUUCACCAAUGCCGGGAGACCCCAAGAGGCUCUCACACUCUACACCCACAUGCUGGAAUACAAAACUGUGCAACCCAAUCAGUUCUUGUACUCUGCGGUUCUCAAGGCAUGUGGCGUCGCGGGUGAUGUUGAGUUGGGCAAGUUGGUUCAUCAACGUGUUUAUCAGGCUAGGUUAGAGUAUGACACUGUUCUGAUGAAUGCCCUCUUGGACAUGUACGUCAAAUGUGGAAGCUUGGGUGAUGCAAAACGAGUUUUCUAUGACAUCCCGUGUAAAAAUUCUACUUCAUGGAACACCCUCAUUCUUGGGCAUGCGAAGCAGGGUUUGAUGAGGGAUGCGUUGGAUAUAUUUGAUCAAAUGCCAGAACCAGACCUUGUGUCUUGGAACAGCAUCAUUGCUGGUCUUGCAGAUAAUUCUAGCUUCCAUGCAUUGCAAUUUGUUUUUGUGAUGCACAUGAAGGGCCUUAAACUUGAUUCAUUCACAUUCCCAUGUGCCCUCAAAGCGUGUAGUCUUCUUGGCAAGAUAACCAUGGGGAGGCAGAUUCAUUGUUGUAUUAUCAAGUCAGGGUUUGAGUGUAGCUAUUAUUGUAUAUCAGCAUUGAUUGAUAUGUAUUCGAAUUGCAAGCUAUUGGAUGAAGCGAUGAAGAUAUUUGAUAAGAACGCUCCUGUUGCUGAAAGCUUGGCAGUAUGGAAUUCCAUGCUUUCAGGGUUUGUUUCCAAUGGAGAUUGGUGGAAGGCUCUCAGUAUGAUUGCUCGUAUGCAUCAUUAUGGUGCACAGUUUGAUCCCUAUACCUUUAGUGUUGCUUUAAAGGUAUGCAUCCAUUUUGAUAACUUGAGGUUGGCAUCUCAAGUGCAUGGCUUGGUCAUCGCUGGUGGCUAUGAGUUAGACUAUGUGGUUGGAAGCAUUCUUAUCGAUCUAUAUGUUAAACAGGGCAAUAUUAACAAUGCAUUAAGAUUGUUUGAAAGGUUGCCAGAUAAAGAUGUCGUGGCUUGGUCUAGUUUGAUUGUUGGUUGUGCUAGAUUUGGUCUAGGUACAUUAGCAUUUUCCCUUUUUAUGGAUAUGGUUCAUUUGGAUAUUGAGAUUGACCAUUUUGUCUUUUCAAUUGUUCUGAAAGUUUCUUCAAGUUUGGCAUCUCUUCAAAGUGGCAAGCAAAUUCAUUCGUUCUCUCUUAAGAAGGGGUAUGAAUCAGAGAGAGUUAUUACAACUGCCCUGACUGAUAUGUAUGCAAAAUGUGGUGAGAUUGAGGAUGCCUUAGCUUUAUUUCAUUGUCUUUCCGAAGUAGAUACCUUGAGUUGGACUGGGAUUAUUGUGGGAUGUGCACAAAAUGGAAGAGCAGACAAGGCAAUUAGUCUUCUGCAUAAGAUGACUGAAUCAGGUACAGAUCCAAAUGAAGUCACCAUUCUAGGUGUUCUUACUGCAUGUAGACAUGCAGGCCUAGUUGAAGAGGCAUGGACUAUAUUUAAGUCUAUAGAAACAGAGCAUGGAUUGAUACCGUGCCCUGAACAUUACAAUUGUAUGGUUGAUAUAUUUGCUCAAGCAGGACGUUUUAAAGAAGCAAGAAACUUGAUUAAUCACAUGCCAUUUAAGCCUGACAAAAUCAUAUGGUGCUCCUUGCUUGGUGCCUGUGGAACUUACAAGAAUCGACAUUUAGCAAAUAUUGUUGCUGAGCAUCUUCUUGCUACCUCACCUGAAGAUGUUUCUGUAUAUAUAAUGCUGUCAAAUGUUUAUGCAUCACUUGGAAUGUGGGAUAACUUAAGCAAAGUACGAGAAUCUGUCAAAAAAUUAGGUAUAAAAGGAGCUGGAAAAAGCUGGAUCGAGAUCUUUGGUUGA